GUGUCUGACAGUCAGCAUAGCAGAAACUCGAGCACGGUAAGGUAGUUUGAACCUUCAGACUGAAUUGCUGCACGUUUUUGAAACAUGCUUAUAGCUGACAGGCGAAGAUAGCCAGGGCUUAAAUUAUUGCAAAGAGGACAACUGAGUUUGUGACUUAGAUUCAUAUAACUUGACCGGCAUUCUGACUGAGGCAAAUUGUCUGGACGUGUGAGUGGUUGUCCCAUAACUACACUGGCUGACAGAAACCAUGGGGAAGGACUACUACAGGGUCUUAGGAAUCCAGUCGGGCUCAAAUGAGGAGGAGAUUAAAAAAGCCUACAAGAAGAUGGCAUUGAAGUUCCAUCCUGACAAAAAUAAAGAUCCUAGUGCAGAAGACAAGUUCAAGGAGAUUGCAGAAGCUUACGAUGUACUUAGCGACCCCAAGAAGAGGACAAUAUACGAUCAGUAUGGUGAGGAGGGCCUUAAAGCAGGAGGAGGAAGCUCUUCAGGCGGGCAAGGCAAUUCCUACCAUUAUACUUUUCAUGGUGACCCCCAUGCCACUUUUGCCUCAUUCUUUGGUGGCUCUAGUCCCUUUGAUAUAUUCUUUGGUGCAACACGCACUCGAGGCACGACCAAUGGGUUUGACCAUGGGGACCAAGACAUGGAUAUUGAUAUGGAUGGUGAGGAUGAUCCCUUCAACGCCUUUGGACGCUUUGGCUUCAAUGGUAUCAAUGGUUUCCAUCAUGGAGCAGGUAGAAGGCACCCGACAGAGUCUGUUCAUAGUCGGCGUAAGGUGCAAGACCCUACUGUGAUUCACGAACUGCGGGUCUCCUUGGAGGAAAUUUACCAUGGUUGCACCAAGCGAAUGAAGAUCACUCGACGACGUCUGAACCCAGAUGGCAGGACAAUGCGCACGGAGGACAAGAUCCUUAACAUUGUCAUCAAGAGGGGCUGGAAGGAAGGUACAAAGAUUACGUUUCCCAAAGAAGGUGAUGAAACUCCAGAUAAGAUCCCGGCUGACAUUGCCUUUAUCAUCAAAGACAAGUCUCACCCGCACUUUAAAAGGGAUGGUUCCAAUGUCGUCUAUACUGCAAAGAUCAGUCUUAAAGAGGCACUAUGUGGCUGUACAGUAAACAUUCCCACCCUCGACAACAGAGUGAUUCCUCUACCUUGUACUGAAAUCGUUAAACCGGGAACAGUGAAAAGACUGCGAGGUGAAGGACUUCCUUUCCCAAAGUCCCCUACCCAACGUGGAGACUUAAUAGUUGAGUUCCAGAUACGAUUUCCAGAGAGAAUAGCCCCUCAAACCAGAGAAAUCCUCAAACAGCACCUGCCUCUGUGCUAGAACAUUUCCAAGGAACUCACAAGCAGGAUCACGUGGAAUCCUCCUUGGGCCUUCUCUCACCCCAAACACACACAGACACUAAUAUUUCCAAUGAAAACAAGGUGCCACAAAAGAACUGCGAAAAAGAGAAUUAAUUUUAUUACAUUUUUAUGUAAAUUGUAAUUUUUUUUCCUUUUGUAAAUGAUAAAAUUGUUCAUUUUUGUUUGUUUUUAAAUACCAGUGGGGAAAAAAAAAAACAAA